AUGGCCGCACGGGAGCACUUUUACUUAGCCCUUCACGGCUUAUGGGGCCUGUGUAGAGGCCGCCAGACCCUUGUGUGCUCUGUGCAGACGCCGCAGCAAUUUGCUGCAGCGCAGCAGCAGCAGCAGAAGCAGCGGGAGCUGCAAACACCAUCAGCUGUAGCCGCGGCAGCUGCCAUUUCGCAGAGGCAGCAAGUUUUCCAUGAAGGCCCUUUGUUCCCCUACGAUUUUAACUGGAUUGCUGCAGUGAGAGCCUCCAGGACCCUCCGUGCUGCAGUGCGCCGUGGUCUACAGCAGCAGCAGCAGCAGCAGCAGCAGCACGAGCAGCAGGAGCAGCAGCGGUAUCUGGCAUACCUGAUAGACCGGACUUGCCAGCUGCAGCAGCAGCUGAAUUACUGCUGCUUCGUCAAGCCGUCUUUCUUAACUUCGCAUUUCGCAAUAAGACCCCUGGAGGCGCUCAUAGACAGCCUUCUCUUGCAGCAGCGGCAGCAGCAGCAACAGCAGCAGCAGAAACAGCAGCAGCAGCAUGAGAAGCUUGAGGGAGAAGAAGCUGCUGCUGCUUGCCGGGGCCUUACCUUGGAGCAGCAACGGCUGGUGGACGAAACGAGUUCCCGCUUUUGUCGCGCCGUCGCGAAAGCUACCACAAGACCGGAGUUGGUUGUUGCUGCUGCCUGCCUGGUGGGCUCCGGCGCUAAGCUGCUGCAGCAGCUGUACAAGACGGACAGCAGGGGAGCUCUUCAUGUGCCUUAUGAGGGUUCGAACUAUGAGACUGUUUUGGCGCUGCUGCAAACCCUAAACCCUAAACCCUCUUCCCCCCAAAGCCCAAACCCUAAACCCUCAGCCCAAGCCCUCAGUUCAGAAAAGGCUGCAGGCAAAGACUUGGUGACGCAGUGGGCGCGGCUGAGGAACGAGGCGCACCGGCCGCAGCAGCAGCAGCUGCUGCAGCAGCUGCUGCUGCUGCUGCAGCAGAGGCAGCAAAUUGCAGCUAGCUGCGGCUACUCUUGCUGGGCGGAACUGCGCAUCAAAAGACAAACAGCAGAGGGCCACUACUGGAGGCAAGUGCCGCUGCUGCUGCGGUCUAUUGGCCUUGCUGCAGAACAAAGGGCUCCCCAGCAGCUGAGAAACGCUCUGCGGCAGCAGCAGCAACAGCAGCAACAGCAGCGGGAGCAGCAGCCAAGAUUGCAGCAGUGGCGUCCCACGGUUGACCAGUGGUUAGCAGCAGCUCUGAGGGCCUAUGGGCGGGGCGCAAGCGACUUGGAAGCUGCUGCUUGGUUCCCUGAGUCUCUUUCAGCUAGCCAGCUGCCGCACCAGCUAGCUGCUGCUCUGGGCCUUAGGCUGGAGCCGCUGCUGAAGAAACAGUGGAGAGGAUACGGCAGGCGAGCAAGGCACUAA